UUCGUCAAGACCCUCACGGGUAAGACCAUUACCCUCGACGUCGAGUCGAGCGACACCAUCGACAACGUCAAGGCCAAGAUCCAGGACAAGGAGGGCAUCCCCCCCGACCAACAGCGUCUUAUCUUCGCCGGCAAGCAGCUUGAGGAUGGCCGCACCCUGAGCGACUACAACAUCCAGAAGGAGUCUACCCUCCACCUGGUCCUCCGCCUCCGUGGUGGUAUC